GGAUGCCAUUUUCUAUGCAUGUUUACUGCCCACAAAACUGGGUCAGCGCUCCUCACAGCAAGGGUCGGACCAGUUCCCUUGGUAACCGUGACAUCUGAUACUAGGGAUGGUCAAGCUGCCUGCAGAUGUUACAUUCUUAUCAGGAACCUUGUCCGAGCUGUUCAACUGGUUGUACACAGUACACGUGCUAAACGACUUACACAGAAGAUAUUUGGAUUAAUCACGAAGAAGAAAGAGAGCAUUUCUUUGAUCAAAAGACAAUCUACAGUAAGGAAGAACCGCCUUUGUGCGACAGCAACAGAUUCGGAAAUUGCAGCAAUUGCAAAAGAUUGGUUCAGAUUUGCUUGUGAUCGCGAUGGUGGCAGGAAAAGGAGACAGGAACAAAAAAGGGCACAACAGGCAGCUACUGCAACUAUCAAUGCUGUGCUUAGUGACAAUUCCGAACAGGACUGAUCUGGGGCAGAUAACUAAAAUUAACAUCUGAUAAUCAUUUAUCAGUUUUGACUCUUUAUAAUGAUACAUAACAUACUGUAUUUAAAACUGUUGAUUGUAAAAGAGAAUAAUGUACAUUUAAUCACUGUAUUGUCAUCAUAUACAAAUAAAUUGUAAAGCACUUGCCAAUAUGACAACUGAUUAAUUUUUAUGUUGCCAGCAUUACACAUAAGCAUCACUUUAUCUACUGUUUGUUACGUUGGGCCAAUG